GACUCCCUUCCGGAAGCGACCUUGACGGAGCCAAAUUUGAAGGGAGACUAGAAGCUUGCGUGACCGAUUGUUCCGGCCCAGUUUUGGAGACCACGGACCCCAGGACCCCUUUCCCUGCCCCCAGGCCCGCCCCGGGCUCUGCUGACGGACUCCCCGUGCAGAGGCGCGGGGGGCUGGGAUGCCGAUCCGCGCGCUCUGCACCAUCUGCUCGGACUUCUUUGACCACUCCCGGGAUGUGGCGGCCAUCCAGUGCGGGCACACCUUCCACCUGGCGUGCCUCAUUAAAUGGUUUGACACAGCUCCAAGUCGUACAUGUCCACAAUGUCGGAUCCAGGUUGGCAAAAGAGCCAUUAUCAAUAAGCUGUUCUUUGACUUUGCACAGGAAGAGGAAACAGCCUUGGAUGCAGAGACCUUAAAGAAUGAACUGGAUAAGACUAAAGCCCAGCUAUCCUUGAAAGUAAAAGAGAAGAAAGAUUGCCAGUCUAUCAUUGACUCUUUGCGAGAAGUACUAGAUGUGCGCAAUGUUACCAUAGAGUCACUGCAAAAGGCCCUGGGCGAGUCAGAAAUGCUGUGUUCAACCUUCAAGAAACAGAUUAAGUACUUGGAGCAGCAGCAGGAUGAGACCAAGAACAUGAAAGAGGAGGCCUGCCGCCUGAGGAACAAAAUGAAGAGCAUGGAACGGCUCGAGAUCCUGCUCCAGAGCCAGCGCCCAGAGGUGGAACAGAUGAUCCGAGACAUGGGAGCAGGCCCAUCAGCCAUGGAACAACUGGCUAUAUACUGUGUAUCACUGAAGAAAGAGUAUGAAAAUCUCAAAGAGGCCCGUAAGGCUUCGGGUGAACUGGCAGAUAAGCUAAGGAAGGAUUUGCUUUCUUCUAAUAACAAGUUACAAAAGGCACUCUCUGAGCUUGAUAAUGUCAAGGAGGAACUGAAAUCAACCCAGAAGGAUUUACAGAAUGCAGACAAGGAAAUCACGAGCUUAAAGAAGAAGCUGACGAUCCUACAGGGGACCCUGAACUUGCCAUCCUACACCAGUGAGACCCUCAGUCGGCUUGUCUUAGAGAGCCCGGCUCCUGUGGAAAUGCUGAACUUAAAGUUGCGCCAGCCAGCCCGUGGUGAGGACAUUGAUCUGAAUGCCACUUUUGAUGUGGACACACCCCCAGCCCAGCCCCAUAGCUCCAAGCUUGUCCCAGCUAAGAAGCUCUGCCUGGAGAAGUCAAGCUCCCUGACUCCUGGCAUCUCCAGAAAAGACAAUAAAGACCCCAUGAAGGUGAAUGGUCUUUCUCUUGGGGGUCAGCAUUGGGCUGGAGAACAAGAUGAUGAGCUGGUGGGGAACUUUCCCUCAUUCAUUCGGAAUGCUGUCCUGGGCAAGAAGAGACCCCUGGGCAACCUGGGGGACCCGUGCAGGAAUAGUGGAACUGUAAGAACAGGCUUUGAUGGACUUGGAGGAAGAAGCAAGUAUAUUCAACCCACUGACCCUUCUGUCAUCCGUCCACUACCUGUAAAGCCUAAGCCCAGGCGCAAAGCAGUGUCAAGGAAAGCAGCUCCCUCUGUCCAGGCUAGGUUGGAUACUUUCCUGAGAUAACCUGGAGGCCCACGUUGGGGCCAGAGCACACAUGAAAAGGCCACUGGGCAUUGUCACUUGCUCUCCAGGCUUCUGAGAGACAGGGUUGCCUAUUGGCAGGGGAUGUGUGGGAGCAGGAGUGGGGAGCAGCUCCUGUAAACCCUGCAGCCCACUAGGUGGAGGCACCACUGACACAGAGUGCAGCAUCUACCAUCACUGGGGGCCCAGAGAGCCACCCAGGGCACUUACUGCUCAAGGUCCCCAAUGGGGACUCCUUCUGCACCCUCACAACAUGUGCAGCUGGCUCUGGCCGGGCCUAUGGUGGCUUAUGAAUGAGCAUCGGGGGCAGGGGCCAUAAGCAGCAAAGUUCCCAUAGCAUGGUUCCCUCCCUUCCCUGUGUUACCUCUUUCUGCCUUCUAGGUUCAGGCAGCUUAGACUAUGGUACAUUUUAAAAAACUCCUCCAAUGCUCAAGGCCUUGAUUCUCUUACCUCACCCCGCAUCCUGCACCCAAAUACUCCCUGAUUAGAGUGCAGUUUUUCUUCCUUGUGACCAAAAUGGACCCCAGAGCCCAGACCCGCUCCCCCUCUGGCCCUGUGGGGCCGAUGUAGGUCCAAUCCCUUCUGCCCCUUUAGCCAGACCAGACCCCUCCGGCAGACACUCUGCCUUUGUGACUUCAGCUGUCCUGGUCAGCUCGGAGAAGAGUGAAGCGAGGACAGCCUGCUUUCUUGUGAAGGUGAUGGGCUUGCCAUGGAGUGUCAUGGGCCAUGCCUAGUGUUCUUGUGAGGAUCCACGUGAAAUAAAGGUAGUUUCACA